UUUUCUUUCAUCUUUUAGCACUCCAUUCCUUUAGUUCCGUGGAGGAAUUACGAGAAGCAAUGGAUGAGUGCGAAUUGAAAAUAUUCCUAAGUAUUCACAUCAGAGAAGGUGCAUGGCAGGUGGCGCUGCUGUUUAUGGAUGAACUUCCUUCAUAUGAACUGCCACGUGACUGGUUUGAUGACCUGUGGUACUGGUGGGAGGAGGAGGAGGAGGAGGAGGAGGAGGAGAUGAUUGGUUCAUCGUUGUACAGUUCGACGUCAGGCAUUUUGAACGCGUGGCCAACAGAGUACGACCCUGAUUUGGUAACAUUGUGUAAAGCGAUCACCGACAGGGACUGGAAAGUAACUAGAUUAAUCCUUUGUAGGAGUCGGAUAUCUGAAGGAGGUUUGAAGAACUUGAGUACAGCUCUUACUCAGGGUGAACUUUCCAGCUUGGUCCUGUGUGACAUUGAUUUACAAAGUCGACGAUUAACACACCUGUGUGAAGCGCUGAUCAGUAGAGACUGCAAUUUAACCAGCUUAAACGUCUCUGGCAAUUGGUUAAGAGAUGAAGAACUAAUGUACUUGUGUAACGUGCUCACCAGUGUCAACGGCAAGUUAACCAGUUUGAACGUCUCUGCCAACCUGUUAGGGGCUGAAGGAAUAAUGCACUUGUGUAACGUGCUCACCAGUGUCAACUGCAAGUUAACCAGUUUGAACGUCUCUGCCAACCAGUUAGGAGCUGAAGGAAUAAUGCACUUGUGUAACGUGCUCACCAGUUUCAACUGCAAGUUAACCAGUUUGAACGUCUCUGCCAACCUGUUAGGAGCUGAAGGAAUAAUGCACUUGUGUAACGUGCUCACCAGUGUCAAAUGCAAGUUAACCAGUUUGAAUGUCUCUGGCAAUGAGUUAGGAGAUGAAGGAAUAAUGCACUUGUUUACUGUUCUUACCAAAAGUAACUGCACCUUAACCAGGUUAAAGGUCAGUUUGAAUAGAGCAGGAGACAGAGCAGUAAAGGACUUAGCUAGAGCUUUAACUAACAACAACUGUGCAUUAACGAGUUUAGACAUCAGAUACAAUGAAAUAGGAGAUGAAGGAAUAAAUUACUUGUGCAAAGCCUUAACUGAUCCCAACUGUAAACUAAGGAGCUUGGACCUCAGAGGGAAUGGGAAGGUAACAGACGUGGGAAAACAGUGUUUGUCUNGAAGCAGUGUAAAAUUUGCUGAAAUUUUUAGACUUUUUGCCAAAGAAAAACAAAAUGAGCUUAACUUAACAUUGUUGGUAUGGUACAAAAUUUAUCGUUUAUACUGUCGUCUGGUUUCCUUUCACUUUCAAUGA